AUGAGCCAGAGGUUCACGGUGACCGGCGCUUUCUCCAAAAGUGACGGCGAACGCUGCACGUCAGACAUGCAGGGCGAAGUGAACCAGCUGUUCGAGGGUGAUGAGCCAGAUGGGGGGGGGGGGGGUUCGGUGAGAGAUGCCAUUGGACUAAUGGUGUGUGUUUUGUUGCGUGUGUGUUUUGCAGGAGAUGGGAACCCUAAGGAGAGUAGCCCCUUCAUCAACAGCAGCACACCGGACCCAGAGAAGACCCAGCAGUAUGAAGGCAAGAACAUGGCGCUGUUUGAGGAGGAGAUGGACACUAGUCCCAUGGUGUCGUCGCUACUCAGCAGCCUGGCCAACUACUCUGCCACUACGCAGGGCAGCAAGGAGCACGAGGAGGCCGAGAACAACGAGGAGGCGCGCAAGAAGCCAGCAGCACCACAGGCUCCUCGUAUGGGCACGUUGAUGGGCGUGUACCUGCCGUGUCUGCAGAACAUCCUGGGCGUCAUCCUCUUCCUGCGCAUGACCUGGAUCGUGGGCGUCGGGGGCGUCAUCGAGUCCUUCAUCAUCGUCGCCAUGUGCUGCUCUACGACGAUGUUGACUGCUAUCUCUAUGAGUGCCAUCGCCACCAAUGGAGUUGUGCCAGCUGGAGGCUCGUACUACAUGAUCUCACGGUCCCUGGGUCCGGAGUUCGGGGGUGCGGUGGGCAUCUGUUUCUACCUGGGCACCACCUACGCCGGCGCCAUGUACAUCCUGGGAUGCAUCGAAAUCCUCCUGAUCUACAUCGUGCCGCAGGCGGCCAUCUUUAAGAUGGAGGGCCUGGAGGGGCCGGAGGCAGAGGCGGCCAUGUUGAACAACAUGCGUGUGUACGGCACGGUGGUGCUGAGCUUCAUGGCCAUCGUGGUGUUUGUGGGCGUCAAGUACGUCAACAAGCUGGCCCUCGUCUUCCUGGCCUGCGUCAUCCUCUCCAUCAUCGCCGUGUACGCCGGCGUCAUCAAGACGGCCAUCGACCCGCCCGACUUCCCGGUGUGUGUCCUGGGAAACCGUACGCUGGUGUGGAAGGGCUUCGACGUGUGUGCCAAGGUGGUGGAGCGGGACAACGGCACAGUGACCACGCAGCUAUGGCGGCAGUUCUGCGACUCGGAGCUCCUCAACGCCACCUGCGACGAGUACUUCGUCAACAACAACGUCACCAUCAUACAGGGCAUUCCCGGGGUCGCCAGCGGAGCACUGUGGGAGAACCUGUUUGGGAGCUACACGGAGAAGGGUGUGUACAUUGAGAAGCUGGGGAUUGCCAGUACCCCCGAGGCCGAAGUCAACGCCAAGCCAAGCAGCCGCUUCCUGCUGUCCGACUGUACCUCCUUCUUCACCCUGCUGGUGGGCAUAUACUUCCCCUCCGUCACAGGUAUCAUGGCGGGCUCCAACCGGUCAGGUGAUCUGCGUGAUGCUCAGAAGUCGAUCCCCAUUGGGACCAUCCUGGCCAUCACCACAACCUCCAUCAUCUACAUGUCCAGUGUGGUGCUCUUCGGUGCCUGCAUCGAUGGAACAGUAUUGAGGGACAAGUUUGGCGAGGCGGUGCGGGGGAACCUGGUGAUCGGGACGCUGGCGUGGCCGUCUCCCUGGGUGAUCGUGUUCGGCUCCUUCUUCUCCACCUGCGGUGCCGGGCUGCAGAGCCUCACGGGGGCGCCGCGUCUCAUGCAGGCCAUCGCACGCGACGGCAUCGUACCCUUCCUCCGGGUGUUUGGCCAUGGGAAGGCUAACGGUGAGCCCACCUGGGCCCUACUACUGACCGCCUGCAUCUGUGAGAGCGGCAUCCUCAUCGCAUCUCUGGACUCUGUCGCCCCCAUCCUCUCCAUGUUCUUUCUGAUGUGUUACAUGUUUGUGAACUUGGCCUGUGCCCUUCAAACCCUCCUGAGAACACCCAACUGGAGACCGCGCUUCAAGUUCUACCAUUGGGCGCUGUCCUUCCUGGGCAUGAGUUUGUGUCUAUCCCUGAUGUUCAUCUGCUCCUGGUACUAUGCCAUCGUUGCCAUGGCCAUCGCUGGAUGUAUCUACAAGUAUAUUGAGUUCCGCGGGGCGGAGAAGGAAUGGGGAGAUGGGAUUCGUGGGAUAUCCCUCAGCGCCGCGCGAUUCGCCCUGAUGAGGCUGGAGGAGGGGCCUCCGCAUACCAAAAACUGGAGGCCUCAGAUCCUGGUACUGGUCAGCGUUGACGGAGAGCUGAAUAUCGAGCAGCCCCGCCUCCUCUCCUUGACCAAUCAGCUGAAGGCUGGGAAGGGCCUGACUAUCGUGGGCACGUCACUAAAGGGUACCUACCUGGAUAACUUCUCCCAAGGCCAGCAAGCCGAGCAGGCCCUGCGUAAGCUGAUGGAGACGGAGAAGGUGAAGGGUUUCAGUCAGGUGGUCAUCUCCUCCAACCUGCGAGACGCCACCUCGCACCUGCUCCAGGCGGGAGGUCUGGGGGGCAUGAAGCACAACACCGUGCUGGUCAGCUGGCCUCGCAACUGGAAGCAAGCCGAGGACCCCACCAUCUGCACAAACUUCAUCGAGGUGGUACGAGAGACUACAGCGGCUAGCCUGGCAUUGCUGGUGCCAAAGAACAUUGCGGCGUUCCCCUCGAAUAGCGAGCGCUUCACCGAGGGCCACAUUGACGUCUGGUGGAUCGUGCAUGAUGGAGGCAUGCUCAUGCUCCUCCCCUUCCUCCUGCGCCAGCACAAGGUGUGGAGGAAGUGCAAGAUGCGCAUCUUCACUGUGGCCCAGAUGGACGACAACAGCAUCCAGAUGAAGAAAGACCUGACCACCUUCCUCUACCACCUGCGUAUCGACGCACAAAUCGAAGUUGUGGAAAUGCAAGACAGUGACAUCACAGCCUACACGUACGAGAAGACCUUGAUGAUGGAACAGCGAUCGGAGAUACUCAAGAAGAUCAACCUCACCAAGACAGAAAGGGAACGGGAGAUCCAGAGCAUCACUGACAGUUCCCGUGGCUCUAUCCGCCGGAAGAACCCAUCGUCGUCAGCGGUAACUGCUCAGCUGAGUGUGAGCGAGGACCAGCCCGGGGGCAGCGGGGAGGAGAAGCCCGAGGAGGAGUCUGUGGCUGUGUCCGUCUCCUCCUCUCCCCCUCCACAGGAGCAGCUCAUUGCUGAUAAGAGCACCAACCCCCCCACCCCGGCCACCCCGCUGUCCCCGUCCACCGACAGCGCCAUCACCCCCGGCUCCGAGGGACAGAGGACCUGGACUGACCCCAAGUGUGACGGAGAGGCGGCAAAGCCAGCCGCCGCAGCCGCAGCCGGUGCAGCCACACCUGAGGGCAUCAAGGACCUGUUCAGCAUGAAGCCGGAGUGGGAAAACCUGAACCAGUCCAACGUGCGCCGCAUGCACACAGCUGUGCGUCUCAACAACGUCAUCGUGAAGAAGUCACAGGAGGCCAAGCUGGUCCUGCUCAACAUGCCCGGGGCGCCCAAGAACAGGAGUGGCGACGCAAACUAUAUGGAGUUCUUGGAGGUGCUAACUGAGGGCUUGAACCGAGUCUUGUUGGUUCGCGGAGGAGGCCGUGAGGUCAUCACCAUCUACUCCUGA